GUGUCCGUGUGCAUGCUCUGUCUUGCUCUAGUCAGUGAUCAGCCCAUCUGUGGAAACCAGAUCGUGGAAGACGGAGAGGAGUGUGACGUGGGGCACAACGACACUGACCCGUGCUGUUACAGUGCCAAGGAGUCUCUGGCUGUACAGUGUCGCCUGAAACCAAACAAGAUCUGCAGUCCCAGCCAAGGCCUCUGCUGCAGCCUGAACUGUGACUUCAAAGCCCCGGGUACGCCAUGUGAGGAAGAGUCAGACUGUGAGAUGAAGAGCGGGUGCACUGGGGCCUCUCCUUUCUGUCCUGCUCCCAGUCCCAAAGCCAACAUGACCAUCUGCAGUCUGGGGACACGUGUCUGUCUUCAAGGGGAGUGUUCUCUGUCUCUCUGUGUGAAGUACGGCCUGGAGCAAUGUGACUGUCCGGGAGAGUCCAUGAGAGAGAAAUGCCACAUGUGUUGUCAACAAAUCAACAAACCCAAAACAUGUGCGAGCACUAUCUCCUCCGUUCUGGCCAAGCAUUUCCGAGGAAAGCGCGUGGCCUUGGUGUCUGGGGCUCCCUGUUCAGGGAAUCAGGGCUACUGCGACAAGUUCCAAGUCUGUCGACUGCUGGAUGCUGAUGGGCCAAUAGCAAGGCUCAAGAAUGCAUUUCUCCACCUGGAUGAUUUUGAGGACUUGGCUGACUGGAUGGUGGCACACUGGUGGGCUAUUCUUCUGGCCAUCCUCACUCUCUCUGCCGUUAUGGCUGGCACCGUGCUCUUGUUUGGACGCCCCUUGGAGACGGAUGAGACUGACUAAACACUGAUCCCCCCCUUCCUGCCUCUCCGUUGCCAUCACAAGUGAACACGACAGCCUAAUGCAGAAUAAUCCUGCCAUUUUUUUUGUCAAUCUGCGGCCCUGCAAAUGCCAAAAGCAAACUUAAAAGCAUAAUUUAUACUGAUUCAGUGCUGCUCUGUGUAUUCGUGUCCAAGCCUUGUGCAAAAGGUUUGGUGGCGUUUUGUGGAUGGGAAAACAUGUCUUUCUACAGUUGUGAGCUCGCUGGGCUUAAUGAAGCUGGACCUGGGUUUAACUCCAUCUGUCCAAACAUGCCCUGACGCUAUUUGAACUCUUCUGAGUACAGGCUUCACACAGGCUUCCAAGCCUCCCAUCGCCUGUCCCUGCAGAGCUAUUUCAACUUGAUGUCUAAUUUGAGUCUUGACUAUCAUCCAGGUUUCCACAUUACACUACCCCCAAGAGCCUUUGACACAAUUCUACAUGUUUGAUUGACAGCCGGCCAGAGAGAGAUGUUUGUGUGUAUUUCCACCUGUACCAAUGCAUCAGGGGUCUUUUUUCUGGCUGGAAGUAAAGUAAGCUGGUUGAUAUCAAAUCCAUUAUUACUUCAAAGAAAAAAAAAUGGCGGUUAAUCUAAGUGGAAAUCAAUAGGAUAACAGAAGCUGUUGUUUUAAGGAGGAUCACUUGACAUAGGGAUACAAUUUUGGUGACACAUUCAUUUGAUUGCUUGUUUGAAAUACCCUACCACAACCCUUACCCUCACCUCAAACAAGCUCCAUCUCUAGUCCUGACUAGAUAUAUCACAUCAUUGUAAUACUAACUUCUGACUUCAAAUAUAAUGUUAUUUGUAUAAUUUUCUGUAAACAAGAAAAGGAAGUACAAUAAAGUUGGGCUGAAAUGCAUUGCUGACCUCUGAAAGUAUGGUAUAUAUUAAAAAAACAAUUCUCUAAAUCAGACUUUCAAAUUAAAACAUAACUUUAAUGUAUGUAUUUCAAUGUGAAAUUCUGCAUACACUAGCAAA